AGCGCGGCGGCUCCGGAAGCGGAAGCGAGGCGUCGGGCAUGCAGCCUGAGCUCCCCCAGGCGGAGAGAAGGGGACUGAGGGGAGGGGAGCCGGAGAGAGACCCAUGCAGAAUGGCAAUGGCACCCGCCUGAGAGCUGCCAGAACUUACCUGGGAGGUGCUGGAACCCACCUGAGAGGUGCUGGAACUGAGUUCUGGUGUGUUGGGAGCAGGUAUUGGGAGAUGCGCUGCACAUGAUGAUUUAGAACACCAUGCUGGUCACUGCCUAUGUUGCUUUUGCUUUCCUCCUGCUGAUAUGCAUUGGCUUGGAGUUCUCCGCCUGCCGUUCCAAGAUCACCGGCAGGUCUUGCUCCAACCCAGCCUUCCUGCGGUUCCAGCUAGACUAUUACCAGGUCUACUUUUUGGCCCUUGCUGCUGAUUGGCUGCAGGGACCUUAUCUCUAUAAACUGUACCAGCACUACCACUUCUUGGAGGCUCAGAUCACCAUCAUCUACGUCUGUGGCUUUGCCUCCAGCGUGCUGUUUGGGCUGGUCUCCAGCUCCUUGGUUGACCGCCUGGGCCGUAAGAAAUCCUGCAUCCUCUUCUCCUUGACUUAUUCCGUCUGCUGCCUCACAAAGCUCUCCUGGGAUUAUUUUGUGCUCAUUGUGGGAAGGAUAUUAGGGGGGCUGUCCACUGCCCUGCUCUUCUCCGCCUUCGAGGCGUGGUACGUCCAUGAGCACGUGGAACGCCACGACUUCCCUGCUGAGUGGAUCCCCGCUACCUUCUCCAAGGCGGCUUUUUGGAAUGGCAUCAUCGCUAUCGGAGCCGGCGUGGUAGCCAACGUCUUUGCCGAAUGGCUGGGGCUGGGCCCGGUGGCCCCUUUCAUGGUCUCCAUCCCCUUUCUCAUGCUGGCAGGUGUCCUGGCGAUGAAGAACUGGGACGAAAAUUAUGGCAAGAAGAGGGCUCUCUCCAGGACUUGCACUGAUGCCUUGAAGUGCCUCCUCUCAGACCGCCGGGUCUUGCUUUUGGGUACCAUCCAGGCUUUGUUUGAGAGUGUCAUCUACAUCUUCAUCUUCCUUUGGACUCCCGUCUUGGAUCCCCACAACCCACCCCUGGGCAUCGUCUUCUCUAGUUUCAUGGCGGCCAGCAUGGCAGGCUCAUCGCUCUACCGCGUCGCAACCUCCAAGAAAUACCACCUGCAGCCCAUGCACAUCCUUUCCCUCUCGGUCCUGAUGGUCUUCUUCUCCCUCUUCAUGCUGACUUUCUCUACCAACCCUGGGCAGGAGAACCCUUCCGAGUCCUUCUUGGCCUUCCUGCUCAUUGAGCUGUCUUGCGGGCUCUACUUCCCUUCCAUGGGUUUUCUGCGGCAGAAGGUGAUCCCUGAGAAGGACCAGGCAGGUGUCAUGCACUGGUUCCGCGUCCCGCUCAACCUGCUGGCCUGCCUCGGCCUGCUGAUCCUCCACGACAGCGACUACAAAACAGGCACCAGGAACAUGUUCACCAUCUGCUCUGUCAUGAUGGUGAUGGCCCUCCUGGCCGUCGUGAGCCUCUUCACGGUGGUCCGUAACAACGCAGAGCUCAGGUUGCCCAGUCCGCCUGGUCAAAGCGAGGUCUCUUCUCCUGAGCUCUGAUACGUGAUGAUUUUUCUUCGGGGGAAGUUGCUCUGGAGUUGGCCAGUCGCCUGUUGCACAUCACAGUGCUGGUACUGUAUAUAGGUAAGGACUUUGCAGAGAGAACACAAGAGUCUCUUCUGAGUCUUGUGUGUCCUUUUCCCCCGCAUGGGAGAAUCUUUUCUAUGCCUUUUUCAAUAAGGAUUGAUCCCUAUCGGACUUGAUCUGUGGCAAGCAUAGCUUUCUUUUCUGCAUCGUGGAGUUUUUGAUUCCUGAGGCAUCUUGACUUCUGCUACCAAAAUUUGUGUGAGGGUGUGGGGAGUGCUUCUUACCACUUCAUCCUGGAUAGAUUGUGAGAUUGUGGAAAGUAAUGGGUUAAAAGGACACAGCCCUCUAUUAUUAUUUUUUUAAUGAGCAGUGAGGUUGAUAGACUGACCAUCCAUUAUCAGUAUUGAACUUGUUCACAAUGUCAGCCAAAUUCCAUGUUGUCAACCCUCUGCUUUUGGAAAAGAAUAAAAUACAUAAAGCUUC